UUUACUGCUUAUAGUUUCUUCAUAUAAUUGUAGGUUUUGAGCCGAGUUGCUACAUUGCCAGUACGGGCAUCACUUUGCUUGGAAUUUGAACUAAGAGGAAAAUUUUAAUUCCUUAUAAUGUCUUCUAAGGCAUUAGACUAUGAGAAUCUGAACGAAAAUGUCAAGAAGUGCCAAUAUGCUGUCAGAGGUGAGCUGUACCUUCGAGCUUCUGAGCUUCAGAAGGAAGGCAAAAAGAUCAUCUUCACCAAUGUUGGUAACCCCCAUGCCCUUGGGCAGAAGCCACUGACAUUUCCACGCCAGGUCAUUGCUCUCUGUCAAGCUCCAUUUUUACUGGAUGAUCCGAAUGUGGGACUCAUAUUCCCUGCUGAUGCAAUUGCAAGGGCUAAACAGUUUCUUGGGAUGACUUCUGGAGGUCUAGGUGCUUAUAGUGACUCCCGAGGCAUUCCCGGGGUAAGGAAAGAAGUUGCAGAAUUCAUUGAGAGACGUGAUGGAUAUCCAAGUGAUCCAGAACUCAUAUUUCUCACAGAUGGUGCCAGCAAAGGAGUGAUGCAGAUCUUGAACAGUAUCAUUCGCGGCCCAAGUGAUGGGAUAUUGGUCCCUGUUCCCCAGUAUCCACUAUACUCAGCUUCAAUACAAUUAUUGGGGGGUUCUCUUGUUCCUUACUACCUUGAAGAGACUGCAAACUGGGGUCUAGAUAUCAAUGACCUUUGCCAAUCAGUUGCAAAGGCACGAUACACGGGAAUAACUGUACGAGCUAUGGUGAUUAUAAACCCUGGAAAUCCCACUGGACAAUGUCUUAGUGUGGCAAAUCUUAAGCAAAUUAUUCAAUUCUGUCACCAAGAAAAUUUAGUUUUACUUGGAGACGAAGUUUAUCAGCAAAACAUUUACCAAGAUGAGCGCCCCUUCAUAAGUGCAAGAAAGGUUUUAUUGGAUAUGGGACUACCAUUAAGCAAGGAGGUUCAGCUUGUCUCAUUUCACACUGUCUCCAAAGGAUAUUGGGGUGAAUGUGGACAGCGUGGAGGAUACUUUGAGAUGACCAACAUUCCUCCAAAGGCUGUUGAAGAAAUAUACAAGGUUGCUUCAAUUUCACUCAGUCCAAAUGUUCCUGGACAGAUAUUUAUGGGGCUCAUGGUGAACCCCCCUAAACCUGGAGAUAUCUCAUAUGACCAAUAUGCCAGAGAGAGUAAGGGUAUCCUCGAGUCAUUAAGGAGGAGGGCACACAUGAUGACUGAUGGUUUCAACAGCUGCAGAAAUGUUGUUUGUAAUUUCACAGAAGGUGCAAUGUAUUCCUUCCCGCAAAUACGAUUGCCUCCUAGAGCAAUAGAGACUGCAAACAAGCUUGGGAAAGCUGCUGAUGUUUUCUAUUGUCUGAGGCUGUUGGAAGCAACUGGCAUCUCCACCGUCCCUGGUUCAGGUUUCGGUCAAAAGGAAGGGGUGUUCCAUCUAAGGACAACCAUCUUGCCAGCUGAAGAAGACAUGCCAGCAAUAAUGGAAAGUUUCAAAAAGUUCAAUGAUGAAUUCAUGGAGAAAUAUGAGGACCACAAAGGUUAUUCCAGGAUGUAAUAGAAAAAAGAUGGUUGGAGUAUUUAUUGUAUAUGCUUUUACCUUACAACUACUGCAACUCUAUUUACAAACAAAUUAUGGUACACUAC